CUGACUGGCUAGCCGGUACCUGGCCCGUUUCGGCGUUUCUGAAACGAAGGAGAAACGCAAAGCAGAAAAUCCCCAAAAUUCUUACCAAACCACCUCUCAGUCUCACGCUGACACGCUCAUUUCCUUCCUAUCUCUCUCUCUGGCUGUCUAUCACUCUCAUCAUCUGAAAUCCGAAUUCCUUUUUGGUCCUCCGCCGAACUGCCCGGAGGUCACUGCACCGCCGCCAGUUGCCCGACCUCCGCCUCCUCUGCCAAUUUCCGAGUGUCCGCUGCUGUUUGACUAGCGGUAAUACUAGGCAGCACUCUUGACCCAGGUAGGGUUCCAGGCUCUACUUCUCGAACCAUUCCCUUGUCAUCAUAUUGACUUGGAUAGUUUGGUAAUCAGAUCUCAGUUCUGAUUCUGGACAAUGGGUUCGUUGCUGUCCGAAUUACGCAUCUAUUUACCAAUCUGAUACACAGUUUCCUGGCUGCGUGCAUUGUUGUCUGUAUUUCACUAUUCUAGAGGUAUCUAACAUUACAACUCAAAACGAGUAAAUUUUUUACCAUGGGCUCUGUAACGUAUAGAGACAAUGAGGUUUCCACAGUUCCAAUAGUCACUCAAAUGCAAGUUCUUUCCCCAAUGUCACUGAAUGGUAGAAAUGCGGCCAUUAGCUCAUUUAGUGUGUUUACUUUGGUCCCCCGUUCACUUAACAAUGUCUAAACCAUGAGAUUCGUGCUGAGAAGCCUUGUAUGGCUUUGUUCAUACUUAUAUCAAUAAUGUUUCUAGAAUGCUUGGCUGCAGGUGUUUAUUUUGCUAUAAGUUCUAAAGUACAUGGCAGAUCAAGAGUCGGAUAAGAACAUCGAGAUAUGGAAAAUCAAAAAGUUAAUCAAAGCGCUGGAGUCUGCAAGGGGAAAUGGUACAAGUAUGAUAUCCCUUAUAAUGCCUCCUCGUGAUCAGAUUUCUCGUGUUACUAAGAUGUUGGGAGAUGAGUAUGGAACAGCUUCAAACAUCAAAAGUAGGGUCAAUCGUCAAUCGGUUUUGGCAGCCAUCACGUCAGCUCAACAAAGGCUGAAACUUUACAACAAGGUGCCACCCAAUGGUCUAGUUCUAUACACUGGGACUGUUGUCACAGAUGACGGAAAGGAAAAGAAGGUGACCAUCGAUUUUGAGCCAUUCAAACCCAUUAAUGCAUCUUUGUACCUUUGUGACAACAAGUUUCAUACAGAAGCUCUGAAUGAACUCUUGGAGUCUGAUGACAAAUUUGGUUUCAUAGUCAUGGAUGGAAAUGGUACUCUGUUCGGAACAUUGAGUGGAAACACGCGAGAGAUCUUGCAUAAAUUUACUGUUGACUUGCCCAAGAAGCAUGGAAGAGGUGGGCAGUCAGCUCUUCGUUUUGCUCGUCUUCGGAUGGAGAAACGGCAUAACUAUGUUCGGAAGACUGCUGAGCUUGCCACUCAGUUCUUCAUCAAUCCUGCCACCAGUCAGCCCAAUGUUUCUGGGCUGAUACUGGCUGGUUCAGCAGAUUUCAAGACGGAGCUUAGUCAAUCUGAUAUGUUUGACCAGCGCUUGCAGGCCAAGAUAUUGAAUAUUGUGGAUGUUUCCUAUGGUGGUGAGAAUGGAUUCAACCAGGCUAUUGAGCUGUCAGCAGAGAUCCUAUCAAACGUGAAGUUCAUACAAGAAAAGAAACUGAUCGGGAAAUAUUUCGAGGAAAUCAGUCAAGACACUGGAAAGUAUGUGUUUGGGGUUGAUGACACGUUAAAGGCUUUGGAAAUGGGUGCGGUGGAGACGCUCAUUGUGUGGGAAAAUUUGGAUAUCAAUCGAUAUGUGCUGAAAAACGGUGUUAAUGGGGAAAUUGUGAUAAAGCACUUGAACAAGGAGCAGGAGGGUGAUCAGAGUAACUUCAGGGACCCUUCUACCUCGGCUGAGCUUGAGGUUCAGGAGAAGAUCCCGUUGCUGGAGUGGUUUGCUAAUGAUUACAAGAAGUUUGGUUGCACAUUGGAAUUCGUGACGAACAAAUCUCAAGAGGGGUCUCAAUUUUGUAGAGGGUUUGGUGGGAUCGGAGGUAUUCUUCGUUAUCAACUGGAUAUGAGAACUUUUGAUGAGGUAUCUGAUGAUGGAGGAGUUUAUGACGAUUCUGAUUAAGGUGCUGUUACAACUAACAAGACACUGUUUGGAAGUCCGGAACAAGAACUUGAUGCGAGGGGGUGCUCUAUGUGAAUUCUUUCAUACUGAGCACUGAUCCUUAUUCCUUAAGGUUGUUUACAGCUUGUGUUUUCUUGCUGCACCUCUAAACGGUGGAAUGUUUGGAUGUGUGUUCAUAGACAACGCCUGUUUUGUAAGCCCCCUUACCAAUUCUGAAUGUGUUGUUGUUGAGCAACUUUCUUUAUGGAUAUGCCAAUCUGGUUUGAGUAGACUUUGAAAUGUUUAUGAGGAGCUUGGCAGUAGGGGUGGGCAACGGGACGGGAUACCUGUCCCGUUUUAAACGGGUACCCAGUCCCAUUUGGAGACCAAAGCCCAUCCCAUAUCCCAAAUCUAUAUGGGAAACGGGUACCCAUUACCCGUACGGGACGGAUAACGGGUACCCAUACUACCCAUAAAUACCCAAAGUUUAA